AAUAAUAACUAUGAUACCUAGUUGAAAAUGCUGAAGAUAAGAAGAUUGCAUUCCACUUUGGAUCUUAUCAAAAGAUCACUCUGGACUGGCAAUGAAGCACUUUCAGACAGCGAUCCAGAGCUGUAUAAUCUACUAAAACUUGAAAAAAGGAGACAGGUGGAAGGGCUGGAGCUGAUAGCUUCUGAAAACUUCACAUCUCGAGAUGUGCGCGAAGCUUCUAGUAGCUGUGCUACCAACAAAUAUGCUGAAGGAUAUCCUAAUGCUAGAUACUAUGGAGGCUGCAAACAUAUUGAUCAGAUUGAACUCUUAUGUCAGAAGCGAGCUCUAGAUGCUUUCCGAUUAGACCCUACUAAAUGGGGAGUUAACGUACAAGCAUACUCUGGGUCCCCUGCUAACCUUGCAGUCUUUACGGGUGUGUUGGAACCACACGAUAGGAUUAUGGGAUUAGACCUUCCAGCUGGUGGACAUUUGACUCACGGGUAUAUGACCGACACGAAACGUAUUUCAGCAACAAGCAUAUUCUUCGAGAGUAUGCCUUAUGGUGUAACCGAGAAAGGUAUAAUAGAUUACGAUAAACUACACAUGACAGCCAAGUUGUUUCGUCCUAAAAUAAUAAUAGCUGGAUACAGUGCUUAUCCCCGGCUUCUGGACUACAAACGUUUCAAAGAGAUUUGUGACGAUGUUGGAGCGCUACUUCACAGUGACAUGGCACAUAUUACCGGAUUGGUGGCAGCAGGAGUAGUGAACGACCCAUUUGAAUAUUCAGACAUUGUCACGUGCACAACACACAAAUCACUGCGUGGUCCCCGAGGUGGUAUGAUAUUCUACAGACAGGGAGUCCGGAAACAGGACAAGAAGGGUAACGAUAUUCUAUACGACCUCAAGGAUAAAAUCGACUUCGCUCUCUUCCCAUCCUUGCAGGGAGGACCACACAUGCACACAGUAUCAGCUCUAGCUGUAGCUUUGAAGAACUCCCAGUCUCAAGAGUUCAAGGACUAUCAGAAACAGGUUCUCUCAAACUCCAAAGCGCUAGGAGAUGAGUUACAGAAGCUAGGACACACCCUAGUGAGUGACGGUACUGAUAAUCAUAUUGUCCUGCUCGAUCUCAGACCUAAGGGAAUCGAUGGUGCACGUGUUGACGCGCUACUCGGACACGCGCACAUGACCGCCAACAAGAACACGUGCCCCGGCGACAAGUCAGCGCUAAUCCCUGGUGGACUGCGCCUCGGCACGCCAGCGCUCACAUCACGCAACUUCAUGGAGGAGGAUUUCCGAGAUGUAGCACGUUUAAUAGACGAAGGUGUGGAGUUAGCCCUAAAAGCUAAAGGACGAGCAGGAAAGACACUGAAGAAGUUUAAGAAUUUGAUAGAAACUGACGAGGAGAUUGUGUCGGAGAUAAAGGAGCUGGGUGGCCGCGUCGUGGAGUUUGCAAAGCAGUUCCCUUUCCCUGGAGGAGAGGGCGACAUUUAGAAUUCUAGAAUAAUCUAGAAUUAAUCAUUUAUGGGCCAUUUAUUAAAUGGCCCAUUUCAGGCUCUAGUGAUUUAUAGAUUUUAAACAUGAUGGCAUGAAUAAUUACAGUAUUAUGCUAGGAGUCAUGUACGACUGAGAUAGGAUUUUAAAAAUGUAAGUUACUAGAUCAAAUAUGAUUGUUGAACGAAUUUUUGUUUGCUAGGUUGAAAUUAUCGUUUAAAGUAAUUCUAUGUGAAUUGAUUAAUCUUCUCUAAUAUUUUAAUUAUACAUGUGACCAAGGAUAUGCAUGAACAUUGAACUUUGCAUGAAUUUUUAUGAUUAUCACCGUGACCCUCUAUCAAAUUUUACAAAUUUGUUUGAAAAGCGAACCUUGCUUUACCAUCGAGGAGGUUAUUUAAAAUCUAUUUAUAUUGUACCUACCUAGAAUUGACUAGUGUGGGUAUGAACGAAAUUAUAGAUCCAAUUCAUUCAUUAUAGAUCAAAUUCAUUCAUUAUAGAUCAAAUUCAUUCAUUAUAGAUCAAAUUCAUGAUACAUACAUAUAAAAAAUAAACAUAAACAUUAUAAAUAAUAAUAUGUUUAUAUAAAUUAUAUGUUUUCUUGACCCCUCAUUUCAUUUGUGUAUAUUAUGAUAUAUAUCAGGAUGGAACGAAGCCAGUUGUCUAAUAUUUAUAAGAGUUUUUGUAAUGAGAUAUAUCCGAGUGUUAUGAGAUUUCUGUUGUGUAAAUUAUCCUACUUAAAUUUGUAUGU